CCUCCGCCCCGCCGCAGCGGGGGCGGGCGGGGGCUUCCUGCCGCCGCCUCGGCAGAGCCGGCAGCGCCGCCGCGCCAUGGAGCGGCUCCGGCUCCCGGGGCUCCCCCGGCUCCCGGGGCUCCCCCGGCUCCCCCGGCUCCCCCGGCUCCCGGGGCUCCCCCGGCUCCCCCGGCUCCCCCGGCUCCUGGCCGCUGCAGUGAUCGUGGAGUGCUGCGCCCAGCUCUGCCCUGGUCUCAGCAGUGGGACGGGCUCCACUCUGGGCACUGCCACCGCCUGCGCCCACCCAGGGACCGCGACGGGGGAGCGCUGCCAGACAGAUCCAGAGCGAGGAGCUGGCACGGGGCCCACGCCAACACCAGAGGCCACAGGGCAGCUGCAGACAGAGGUUGAGCUGCUGCCCUUUCCUGGGACCCCCGCUGGAACUGACGAGCCCCCCAGCCCUCAGGGGAGCCCCGGAGCCCCCCAGGCAGGCGGGGAGGGGACAGGGCCCGCGGUGUGGGAAGGAGCAGCCACCGAGCACCCGGGGCCCCCGCUCUCUGCAGGCACUGCUGAGCAGGCAGCUGCAGGCAGCGAGAGGCCGUCUCCUGCCAGCCUGGGGGUGACCAGUGUGGGGACCCCAGCCUCUGCGGAGCUGGACACAGCUCCUACCACCAGACACGCCCCCAGAACUGACCCUGUAGGAAAUGUGGUGGUGGAAGGUGCCAUGACCCCACAGGGGCCCCCCGUGCAUUCACCGUCCUCCGUGACAGUGCCCAGCUCUGCAGGGGGGCAGUGGGAGUCCCCCAGCACCCUGCUGGGAUGGAGCCCCACGGGAACAGCACUUGUGCAGAGCCAGAGGGGCUCACACAGCCCCUCGUCCCUGGAGCCAUGGGCUGGGGAGGGCUCACGUGCCACCAUCCCGCUGGGUGACAGCAGCCCAGGGACUCACCCAAGCAUCGUGCCGGCCACGGACAGCCCUGCACCAGGGAUGAGCAGGACGUCACCCUUUGCAGGGGGGCUGAAGAGGCUGCUGACCCCCACGGGGACACGCCACGGGCUGGUGGGAGGGUGGGUCCCUGACUCCCACCCAUGGCAUGGGACAGAUGUUGCGUCGCAGGGUCCCCACUCUUCCCCUCGCCCCUCUCUGCCGCCCCUGGGGGCUGGUGGCCGUGGGGGCCCCGUGGCCAGCAUUGCCCAGCCAGCCGUGGGGACGGGCCCAACCUCUCUGCCUGCUGUAGGCAAGGGGUUGGGUCUGCCUGUCCCCACCACCACAGCCAGUAUCCCGGGGGUGACAUCCCUCAGUCUGGGGGGCACCCUGGGCCCAACCACAGGGGUCUUGGGGCCACCCGACACAGAGGGGCCCCCUGAGCGCAGCCAUAUCCCUCUGGACCAGACCUGGCGCCCACCAGCCAUGCCGGGGCAGCCCCCUGCCUCGGCAGCCCCGGGCAGCACCGCUGCGGCACAGAGCAGGGUGCUCCACACCAGCCCGGGGUCCCACCGCAUCCCCCUGUUCCCACAGCCUGCCCCAACAGGCAGCUCUGCAGGGCCCACAUCGCCGACCCCAGAGCCCUCCCUGGGGACCAGCCGGGGUGUCCCAGGGCUUGGCCCCACUGCGAGCACCCAGCCAGCAGGGCCAUCCCCAGGGCUCCGGCUGCCCCACUCCGGCUCGGGGCGGGAUCCUGCUGACACCCCCCAAAUCCCGAAGGGGGCCCCAACAGGGGUGGGUGAUGCUGGGCCCUGGGCAGUGACUGCCCCGCAGAGCUGGGAGCCAGGCACCUCAGCCCCCCCCACGGCCACUGGGCCCCCCUGGCAGCCGGCUCCGUCCCAGCCUCCGUCUUCCCUGGGGCUGACCACCGCUAUCGGCGCCACCGCCACCAUCGCAGCUGCCACCACCAGCCCAGCGCUGCUCGGGGACGUGGGGACGGUCACGCCGGAUCCUGGUGCCACGGUGUUGCAGGGGGAUGCGUCAGGGCUGACGUGGGAGCCCCCGACUCGACUGUCUGCCAUUGUGCCAGGAGCUCCCCAGCAGUCCACCAAUCCUCCCGGGACCUCGGGCCACUAUGGGGGCCCCAGGUCCCCCCCAGCAGCCGGGGACACGGACCUGGUCCAGCCAUCGAGCAGCCCCGGAGGGUGGCUGGAUGCUGACACCCCAAAAGCAACGCCGGCCGCAGCCGCGGCAGGCAGGGCCCCCCGGGUGUUCAUCGUGGAGGAUCAGCCACCCCUCCUGAGAGCAUCCCUCCUCCGCAUCCCCUGCGAGCUGGUGCUGGACAUGGGGUUCAUCCCUGCCCUGCAGGACCCGGGGUCCCGCGAGCGCCAGGGUUUGCUGCACAGCUUCAACCAGACGGUCGCGCCCCUCUUCGCGUCGGUGCCCGGGUUCCUGCGGCUGGAGGUGACGGGGGUCAGGGAGGGCAGCGUGGUGCUGGAGUACGAUGCGCUGUUUGCGGCGGAGCGGGUGCAGGUGCCGGGGCUGGGCGCGCUCCUCGAUGCCGCGCUGGGCUCCGCUGGCGUCCGGCCGGGGCUGGUGGUGGGCACUGCCCCCGUCCUGCGCAACGUGGCUCUGGAGCGGCCGCUGGACCCCUGCACGGUGCUCUUUGCCUGCCGGGCCGGCUUCGCCUGCGUGGCCGGGGCGGAUGGGAACGCCACCUGCACCUCCCUCUGCCACCGCGACUACUGCAAGAACCACGGCAUCUGCACCCACGCCCGGGACCGUGGGCCCCUCUGCCAGUGUCCCGUCGGCAGCGAUUUCUGGUUCAUGGGGCUGCGCUGCGACUACCGGGUGACGCAGCAGAGCCUGCUGGGCAUGGCCGCCGGGGUCCUGCUCAGCAUCGUCCUCCUGGGCGCUGUCGUCGCCGCCGUCGCCAUCCGCCGGUUCAAGGUGCUGCUGCUGGAGGCCAGGGCCGACCAGACCCGCAGCAGCUACCGGCGGUUCUGCCGCCUGGACGACGUCUCGGCCCAGUACUGGUCGCGCUCCUGGCUGCCCUCGGCCAGCUCGCUGGACAACCCGGCCUUCAGCAACUCGGAGGAGCUGCUCCACUUGCAGAUCUUGGACAACGGCUGCUGCGGCUGCCGGGAGGACGCGGGCAUCACCGACAGCGCCAAGCAUCGCCCCGUGCCACCCGCCCACCCGCCGUGCCGGCCCAGUUUCCAUUACAACUGGGACACAAGUUCCAGCAGCAUAAACGAUCCCAUGGUGGACUCGGGAAAAGCCAGCGAUAUCUCGGUGUCGAGCUGGCCCAUGGAGCCCAUCCAGUGGACGCCCUUUCCCCUCCUCCACCAGCUCUCGAGGCAGCGACCGCACAAAGCCCGACGGCCGCGCUCAUACUGCGAGGGGACGGAGCUGGUGAACCUCGAGAGGAGCUGGACAGCCUGAAGGCGGCGGAGCGAAGGACAGGCGACAAGGUUCAAGCUUUUAAAACCAACCACAUUUUAUUUCCACGUAACAAGCUCAGUGAAGGAAUUUCAAACACUUUGACAAUACAAUCAACGCAGGUGUGAUGUCAGUUCCACUCGAGGCAGGGUCCGCAAGGAUUAUCUGCCAAGGUUUUCACCGCUGUUUCGGACCAGACCUCAGAAGCCAGCUUUGGCUUGGGACAGCGUAUUUCAUCGUAAGUAGUUACAGAUAAGUGUCUAAUAACACACAAUGCUGGCAUCCAACAGAGUUAAUGACUUACAUCCGGCAAUUUGAAAAUAAAGUCUAACAGAUUUUUGAAGUCACAUCAUACUAUGUACAUAUAUGGUCUGCCCUAUAGCCAUUUCAGAACAAGCUAAGCCACUGUGAAAAGUGAAAUACAAAUUAAGCGCUGCUGCAUUGUUCAUCAUGAUUAAUGUAAAUGAGGUAUAAAUUUAAACACCAGUACGUUUUAAGCAUUAAAGUUUAUUUUCCAAAAUGC